AUGGCUUUCUCAGAUGCAAUGCAGUGGUGGGAGGAGUGGCAGUUGCGCAUCCUUGUCCUAUGCAGCCUCUUCCUUCAAUACUUCCUCUUCAUCGCCGCAUCCUUGCGUAAGCGUUGUGUCCCUGCUUGGUUCAAAUUCUUAACCUGGCUCGCCUACCUAGCGAGCGAUGCCGUAGCUAUAUACGCACUUGCCACCCUAUUCAAUCGUCACAAAAGGCAAGAAUGGCUAUCCACGCACCGCAGUAGCGCUAGCUUGGAGGUGUUGUGGGCACCUAUACUUUUGCUGCACCUUGGUGGGCAAGAUGGCAUAACGGCCUAUAACAUCGAGGACAAUGAGCUGUGGGGGCGUCAUGUUGUAACUGCCGUGUCUCAGAUUACUGUGGCCAUCUACGUGUUCCGCAAGUCAUGGCCAGGGGAGAAGAAGAUUAUUGCAGGUCAUAAUCUUGAUCUUUGUUCCCGGUAUUCUCAAAUGCUUGAGAAGCCAUACGCUCUCAAGAGCGCUAGCAUCCACAGCAUUGGGGACACCUCCAACAAGAAGACAUGGGUGGAGAGGAUGUUCGAAGAGGAGAGUAAGGACAACGACGACAUCAAAUCGCUGGACGACUAUGUGAAAGCUGCAUCUAAGUACGUUCAGGGGGAUCAUGCAGGCGAAACACCUGAAACGGGAGUGAAUGAGAAGCCCUACAACCUAUUCGUAGACCUUGCCUUCCCUUACUCUGAUCGGCUUAAGAAUCUAAAGUACAUGAUGCAAGAAAAAAACAAAGCGCAUCGUCGGCUGCGGUCCCGCCUCUCCAACACCUUCGAUCGCCUCUACACCAAGCACCAAAUGAGCAGUGGUUUGAACAUCUGUGACUUGACCUGCAAAAGUUUUUGGGGUAAUGAGCUACGGAGCGUGGUUGUCUAUCUGACGUUUGCGGCCAUUGCGCUCUUCCACAAGAGCCAUAGAGAAAACUACGACGACACCGACGUCAAGAUCACCUACACUUUGCUGUGCUGCACCGCCGCUCUGGAGUACAUUAUAUCCGGCAUCAAGCCGUGCGUUGAUUUCAUCGAGAGAAUCAACAGGAGACUCAGGAGCCUUGACCCGACUUGGCCUGACCUUGUUGCCCAGUACAAUCUCCUAUGGUACUUGGCCCGCAGCAGGAAGCACAGGAGGCUCAGGAGGCUCCUGCUGAUCUGCAGGGACUCCAUCGACGAAAUCUGGUGCAUGAAGCCGUGCCAGUCUUCCAGCGACGACAUCACCGAGCUCGUCUUCGACCAUGUCGUCAACCAUGGGUGGAAGAACCGCAUCAAGGACGCGGCCACCUUCCAUGAGUUCAACAACAACCGGGGCCAGCAGACUCUCCAGCGCGAGGGCUGCAACGCGGGCAUGCCGCUGGAGAGCCUGCAGAGGCCAUUCGAUGAGAGUGUCAUCCUCUGGCACCUCGCCACCGAUUUCUGCUUCUUCCACCACGGCAUGGACGCCGCAGGCAAGUCAGCUUCCGGCGGCCAUGGAGAUGGAGACGCCCGCCGCCGCCGCAGCAGGGAGAUCUCCAACUACAUGGCCUACCUGCUGUUCACCAACCCAGAGAUGCUGAUGCCCGGCUCCAGGCGGAGCCUGUUCAAGAACGCCUACGAGAAGCUCAAGAAAAUGGCCGGGGACGAGGAGACGAAGAAGCCGCCACUGCUGGACGAGCAACAGAUGAUUGCCUCUCAGAUCAUGCAGAAGCUGCAGAGCGACAAGGAGGGUUCAGAAGGUUUGGUUCUUGACGCCUGGGUCCUCGCCCAAAAGCUCAUGGAUAUAACAGGCAAGGAAGGGGAGGCGAAGAUGUGGAGUGUGAUCCAGGGCGUGUGGGUGGAGAUGCUCUGCUUCUCUGCCGGCAGGUGCCGAGGUUUUCUGCAUGCCAAGAGCCUAGGCAAGGGUGGAGAGUACCUCUCCUACGUCUGGAUGCUCAUGUCCUUCCUUGGCAUGGAGACACUGGCGGAGAGGCUGCAGAGGACGGAGCUGCACGUGCAGGGAGACAUGGGCGCCACCCGCCCGAUGACGCCGGCUGCAUCUGAGAUGCCAACGCCAACCGGCAGCGACAAUGUUUGA